AAGACUGGUAUAAGACGUUGCGUAUAUGCUUGAUGAUCUACUGAGAUAAUUUAUUUAUCGUGACGUCAAAACAUCUUGCAUUUGAAGAUGAAUUCGUGCAUUUCGCUCCUGAUUGCUGUCUUCGUCAUAGAAGUUCAAUCAAUCUCAGCACAGCAUCACAACAAAUCAGAACCACUGUCACCUGUCUAUGUACACACUGUCACUCCGCUGCCCAUUUCCAUGGCAGAAUGGCCGGACUUCGCCUCGAGUCCAUCACAAAUCAUCAACACUGAAUCCUCAACAUCGGAAGCGCCGACAACAGAGAUUCAUUUUAUCUCAACAGCCGCCAAUAAAACCAAUAAAACUAAAUCAACAGUCACGAAUCGGACAAGAACAAUUCAGAGGCUAGUCGGAGGUCACUUGCAACAUCAAGGGACACGCGAUAGAGUGCGCAAUGACACACUCACGUGGUCGGACAAAUUCUCCAAGAUCUAUUUUAGGCGAAAAACCAGUCCGUCACGCAAUCAACCGCGAAACCAAACCAAAUUGGCCACAACCAGGAGACCACCGAGAACCAGGAGGCCCUACAAUGAUCCCCUAGAUGAUGCUGCUCUCCUUGAAGUGGACUCCAUUGGCAUCAAUGGCAUCGAUAACUGGGACAGUGGCCUGCUAAGAGCCAGCGCAGGGGCGGGUAAAGAAGCGUCUAAGAAUGCAACAGAUGGGAAGAAAAAGGAAGAGAAGGCCAAGACUCUUUCCGACCAAGUGGCUGAAGGGAAAUAUGGUCUGAUCCAAAAGGAGAUUUUCCAAAAGAAACCGAAGAGACCGGGCGUGAUAAGCUACUUGCCCAACCCAGAAACUCCAAGUGAUAACAAUAAGACCUAUGGGGGAUUAUCUGAGGACGAUAUCUGGCUGGCUGAGGAUCACUUGCUAGUCCUAAAAGGUGGAAGUCUCAAUAAGAAGGGCAAGGAUGAAUGGAAACCAAUAGAUUCAUACGAAGCGCCUUUGAGACAAGUCAAGAUACCACCCAAUCCAGAAAUUCCACCUCCAUUUCCUGUGCAGCUCGAAGAAAACGGGCCGAUUGAAUUUAUCGGAAAUAGUCAAGUGCCGGUCUUCAAUCCAUUUGCGAAUGAGUCGCUUUUCCUACAGCCCGGCGCCACGCCAACGCCGCCGCCCAUCGGUGGCUAUCCGGCGGACUUUUUUGCCGGGUCGCGACCGCCAGGAAAUUCUACACAGAACAACUUCCCCUACCCGCCGCCCAUUCCACCGUGGUUCUUCAACAGCAACUCCACAUUUGCCAAUCCUUUCCUCAAUCCACCGCCCUUCUUUGCCCCUGGAUUUCCUGCGCCGCCGUUCUUCACCAACGGCUCUCUAGAGAAUAUUAACAUGACGGAGUUUGAUGAGGAUGACCCAAGUCUGUACUAUCCUCCACCCUACAGCUUCGUCUACAAGAGCAACUACAGCAAUCCUGUUCCUCCGGGACCACUGGUACCCGGAAUCGUUUUGCCACCUCCGCCUAAUUUCUUCAGUCGCUUGGAGACAACAAGUCAAAGUCCUGUCUAUCCAUCUCGAACGACCAAGCUCUCAAAACAGCCCGGGAAGACGAAGCUCACUACAACCACAAGAAUACCCGAGGUGCACAAAGUUCACAUACCUCGUUACAAGGAUCGAGAGAACGUUGUUGUCAGCUUCCAUCCCACAUCAACCAGCACAACGCCUCCGCCAACAACGCGCACAACUGUAAAGUCCAUAACAACACUCAAAAAAGUCCCCAACUCUACACCCAAUGUUAUUCAAUUUAUUCCAAAGAUCAAGAAUCCAUCUGAUGAUCUGUUUAGAGGAAGCAAUCCCAUUUACUUUGAAUACUUCGAUGCCAGAAAAUCCCCUCACACGUAUCUUCCACCAGCCACGGAAUCUACGACAACGCCUGCACCUCCUGUCCGAAAUCUCAGCAGAGAGAAACCUAGCCAGAUCAAAGCUAUUCCCGUCUACAAAGAGCAGACAACAACUGAACCGCCUGCAAUCUACUUGCCAGAAGUCAACGGUUUCGACUACGAUAAGUAUCUUUACAUCACGCCACAACCUGAGAUCCAGCCGAAUGGGUAUACAAACUUUGGGCCACUGGGACUGGACUAUGCCAAUCCCUUGCCUAUCAAGUCUAGUAAAUUAUCGCCCCAGCCUCCAGGAUCUUUCAAUCAAGAGAUAGAAACCAUUCGUCAGACCCUUAAGUACUACAAGAAUCAAGUUACACCGGCUGAAGGUACUCAACUCCCUCGUACUCCGAAAGCUAAAGCGGUGUAUGAAUACUCCUUUGAUGCAGUUGAGGGAAGCACUCUUAAGCCCCCAAUCAGCUUCAGUAAUCCCAUUCAGAUCGAUACAACACCUUUCAAGCCGAUGGUACAAUACAGUCCUCCGCUUGGUGGAGAUAUUAAUGGUUUUCGGCCAUUCGGUCAAAGUGUCCCAUCUUCUUACUACUCAACAACACCAGUUACACCAGCAUACUUCCGGAAGAAGCAAUCUAACCGACCACCUCAGAGAUUACUACCCAUCAUUCAAGCCAGCACUGAGAGUCCUCUUCCAACAUAUUAUACGAAAAAGGAUACCGCUCUGCUGGAUGACAUCACAAAGAAGUACUUCAACAUCUUCGGCCAGAAGCUCUCCUUAGCUCCAGAGUAUGCAACUGAACCCAUGAGUCCUGAAAGCAUCGAAUUUACAACACCCACACCAGCUAUUACUACCACAACACCACGUUGGAUAUCAAUAGAGAAGCAGGUGUUUAGGGAACUGGAUUACCAAACACGUCGUCCAAAUUCUCAUCGGGCUCUCAACUAUUACUCCAGAAAUAUUAGGCCAAUUCCUUUGCCUUUCGAUGGCUAUCACUAUGAACGUCCUGAGGCCAGACCAUUCCCAUACUAUGCCAACCCCUCACUCGAUCCAUACAUGAGGCAAAUUGCUCUCUUGAGACAGAAAUUGCGGCAGUAUCAACCGCAACAACAGCAAAGAGAGUCAACACAGCAAUAUGACUUAGGAUAUUUGAAUGACACAUACGUGAAGUAUUACGAGCCACAACCGAAUAAAGACAGUGAGUUUUUGGUGCAGCAUAACCCACCACCUCUUCCGCAAUAUCAACAGAUUAUCAACACGCCAAACCGCUACAAUUACUACCCGAAUAGGCAAGUUCAGGAACCACAGGCACCUAUAUCGUUGCAUAAAGACACCCUGGUCAAUUACAAGUACCCCCUGCCGGCUGCAAAUCCCGACAGUGAGUUCAUUCCGCCCAAGCUGCAGCAGCAGCAGCAGCAACACAACAAGCAACAUCAGUACUACAACAAUCGACACUACGGCAAUCCUGUGAUCCAGUAUAAAUUGGGCGACCAAUCGCACGUGUACUUUAUCACGCCGCAAGAUAACAAGUACAAAGACUAGGGUUCAUUUGUCUCUACAUCAUGAUUUUUGAUAGUCAUCCGAUAUGAAGAAAAUGCUAUCCAAGUUGCCUUUAGACAUUAGCGACAUUAGCUUCAUAAGUUUAGCAUUAAUCAAUGCUCAAGUCCUUUUGAUACGCUUUCUUGCCACAAUUAUGGUUUGAAGAGCAUAAGAAUCAACAUGAGAUCUCGGUUUCUUCCGUGUCCCUUUUCAGACUCUGUAAAAAAUCAUAGUAAAUCUUCAGGACUUUACACAUUCC